GAAUGUGGAGGGGAUUACCUCUUUUUUUGUUCUUCAAUCAAAUUCUACUUAAAUCCAACCCUUUCUACCAUUUUGUUUUACCACUAGCUCUCCCCCUUAAAACCCAGAUCUAAAAAUCCCCAAAAGAGGAAAACCCACAAAACCCAAGAGGCCCUGACCUUAGUUCUUCUAACAUGGGUGAGGAUGGAAUGAGGGCAAAAAUCGGGUUGAUGGCAGAUCUUGGUGUGGUAGUUUUGGAGAAAAGGAAGGUUGGGGAAAGGCAAUCGGAGAAAAUGGAGGUCAAGGAAGGGCAAUUGAAGAAACUAGAGGUUGGAGAAACUGGAGGUCGGAGAAGGGCAAUCGUAGAAAAUGGAGGUUAGCGUCAUUUCAAUCUUGGAUUCCAAGAGAUAGCCACCUACCAAGAAUUUCAAAGAGCAAAUGGAAGCAAAACGAUAGUCUUGGAGAUAAGUUUGUAAUGCUUGACAAAUCUUAUUAAAUUCUAUUUUAUUCA